UCUACUUAUACAGUACAUUCGUUUUUUCUCCUAAGAGAGGUUGAAACUUGAAACGUUAACGUACUGGUACAAAAGGAGAAGGAACGAAAAGCUGAUUUUUUGUUUCAAUUGUUAUAGUGCACUGGUGAAUCUGGAUCGGCUGACGACAUGAUCCACUUUGUUCUCCUUAUUAGCCGGCAGGGAAAAGUGAGGCUAACAAAAUGGUAUUCACCUUAUUCUCAAAAGGAAAGAACCAAGGUUAUUCGGGAGCAUAGUGGUAUGAUUCUCAGUCGUGGCCCUAAACUGUGUAAUUUUGUGGAGUGGAGGGGAUAUAAAGUUGUCUAUAAAAGAUAUGCCAGCCUUUAUUUCUGCAUGUGUAUUGAUCAAGAUGACAAUGAAUUGGAGGUCCUCGAGAUUAUCCACCACUUUGUUGAAAUACUAGACCGCUACUUUGGAAGUGUGUGUGAGCUGGAUUUGAUCUUUAAUUUCCAUAAGGCUUAUUAUAUACUGGACGAAAUUCUAAUCGCUGGUGAACUUCAAGAGUCGAGCAAGAAAACAGUUGCACGUUUAAUAGCUGCCCAGGUAUUGCUAUGGUUUUGCAUAAAACUCUUGCAUCAAAGUCACGGUUAUGGUAGAGAAGAAACUCCAUUGCAGUUAUUUGGUCUAAGCCAUUUGGAGUGUUUAUAUGGCUCGAUGUAG